CUCAUCACAUAUAAAUCUUACUCAAAAGACCUUCAAUUUAUAUGCAAAUUAUAACUUGGCAUCUCUGAAAGAAAUUAAAACCUCCCAACAAUGGCUUCUCUACCAAGUUCAUCCUCAUUCCUUGGCAACUUAGCCACCACCAUAUCCAAUCCACCUCCGGCGACCACUCGGGGAAAGAUUGUGAUGGUUAAAACCUCUAAGGUUGAGAAGAUUGAGAUAAACAGAAAGGAAGAGAAUAGCAGUGGCAGGAGAGAAUUGGCUUUUGCCUUGCUAGCUUCUGCUGCUGCAAGUUCAUUUGCAAGAAUUGCCAUGGCAGAGGAGGAACCGAAGCGCGGUACACAAGAGGCAAAGAAGAAGUAUGCCCCAAUUUGUGUCACAAUGCCCACAGCUAGAAUAUGCCACAAGUAAGAAUUUUCAUGUGCUAUGAUGUAUGCAGAACUUAGCAGUACAAAUAAAUAAUAAGAGUGACUAUUUCACUAUUGCUUCAAUCAUGUAAAUGUGAAAUUUCCAAUUCCAAGGUUCACAGUCAUGACCACAAAAGUGCAUGGCAAUCUAUACAUGUGAAAGUAGCAAGUAGAAUCGAACACCACCAUUUAGUUGGUCUUUUUCUUUCUUAUGAGAGGUGCUAUGAUGUCAAAAUCUGUAGAAAAGAGCUCAAUCUAGUGUAAUAUGUUUACAAAGAGCUAUUCAUUACGUUUACAACCA